AAGAGAACUGAGUAUGGAGGAUUUGUUUUAAUUUUAAUGACAGAUUGGCAGAUGAAAACACGGAAAAAUUUAGAUUCUAUUUCAAAGAAAUAUUUAUAAAUCAUGCACAUUUCUAAUGUUCAUGUAUUAGUUGCAUGGCUAAAAAAUUUCUGGACUUAAGUACAAGAUGGAUCUGAUGGUUAAGAGUUGAUAAUCAAUAAUUUCAUACCUUUACUUGCUGUCUUUUGAAUAUUUCUGUUGACUGAAGUUGAAACCAUGGUGCAAAAGUAUCAAUCUCCUGUCAGGAUCUACAAGUAUCCAUUUGAGCUUGUUAUGGCUGCAUAUGAAAAGCGUUUUCCAACGUGUAAAAUGAUACCAGUCUUCCUUGGUAGUGAUACUACAUAUGAAUAUAAUAGUGAAGAUGGGGCUGUACAUAUCAUUGAACGGCGUUGCAGAUUAAAUGUUGAAGCUCCUUAUCUGUUAAAAAAGAUUAUUGGUGUGGAUGUUGUAUAUUUUAUUCAGAAAAAUACCCUUGAUCGACGGGCUAGAACUCUGAAAAUUGAAGCAUACAAUGAAAGUUUUGCCAACAGAAUUGUGAUUAAUGAAAAUUGUCUGUAUUCUGUACAUCCUGAAAAUUCUGACUGGACUUGCUUUGAACAAACAGCCAGUUUAGAUGUAAAGUCUUUCUUUGGUUUCGAAAAUGCUGUUGAGAAACUAGCGAUGAAGCAAUAUUCUUUAAACAUCAAAAAAGGCAAGGAAAUAAUUGAGUAUUAUAUCAACGAAUUAGAGCAAGAAGGAGUGACAUAUAUUCCACCCUUUAAAGAUAAAGAAGGUGUUCCAGCUGUUGAAGUGACUGAAGAAAGUGCUUGUGGAGUCAGUUCUUCCAGAAACAAUAGCUUGACCCCAGGCCAUUCAGAGGGUACUUCUCAUCUUUCACCUGAAGCUCAUCAGACUGCUGAGGCUAAUUUUAAAAUUGAGUCUGAAUACAUAAAACGAUGUUUGGGCGAGUUGACGCCGUUUCAAGAAUCCUGUCUUGUGCAGUUGAAAAAGUGGAUGGCAGAUGCUCACCAAGGAAAAGUUCCUAGUGAUCAAACAUUGAUGCGCUUCUUGCAAGCUCAAGAUUAUAACUUGGAAAAAGCUCGAGAAAUGUUAUGUGCUUCUCUAGUGUGGAGGAAAAAGUACCAAGUUGAUAGAAUAUUAUCAACUUAUGAUCCUCCCCAUGUGAUUAAACAAUAUUUCCCUGGUGGUUGGCAUCAUUUUGAUAAAGAUGGUAGACCAGUAUAUAUUUUGCGUCUUGGGCAAAUGGAUGUUAAAGGAUUUAUCAAAUCAAUAGGUGAAGAAGGAUUGAUGAAAUUGACCCUGCAUGUGUGUGAGGAAGGUUUAAAGAGGGUUGAAGAAGCUACUAGGGUUACUGGAAAACCAGUCAGUUCAUGGACUUGUUUACUUGAUUUAGAAGGCCUUAACAUGCGCCAUUUGUGGCGACCUGGUGUCAAGGCACUUUUACACAUCAUUGAAAUCGUUGAAGCAAACUAUCCAGAAACCAUGGGCCGUGUUUUAAUUGUCCGUGCACCUCGUGUUUUUCCUAUUUUAUGGACACUUGUUAGCACAUUUAUUAAUGAUAAUACUCGUUCAAAGUUUAUAUUUUAUGCUGGAAAUAAUUACCAAGGUCCUGGUAGUUUGGUAGAUUUUAUUGAAAAAGAAUAUCUCCCAGACUUCCUUGGUGGUGAUAGUGAGACCAAACUUUGUGAAGGUGGUCUAGUGCCCAAGUCUUUCUACAUGUCAGUAGAAGAUUAUGAAAAAGAAAAGGCAGAAGGACAUCAUUUAUUUGAUGACUCCAUGUAUCAUGUUAUUAGUUUAGUUAAAGGACAAUUCCAUGAAGUGGUGCUUUCCAUAACAGAUAAAGGAAGUGUUAUCUGUUGGGAUUUCGAUGUCAUGAAAGAUGACAUUUCUUUCUGUGUUUAUCGAACCAAGCAACCUCUUCCGCCCCCUGAGAAAGAGCAAAAUGAAGAAGAACUGCAAGGUUGUGGUCAUCCGUCACUACCAUUGGGUAUGCUCACUUUAGAAACACCAGUUCAUAGUGUUAUCCCGAAAGAUUGGGUUAUGGGUAAAGAUUAUUUUGUUGUGGAACCAAUGCUUACCUGUAAAGAUGGUGAAAGUGUUCAGGGUUCUCAUGUUACUCGAAUAGAAGGAACAUAUAUUUUGCAAUGGAAGCAUGUAGACACUGUGCAUCACCAUUCGUUUGAUUUUCCUCUUUCUUCCCAUAAAUCCAAAGUUAUGUAUUACCAUGAGGUGCUAAAAUCUCAGGAUUAUAGGGGAUCUAUGUCGAGCCUUCAAUCAUCCCACAGUGGUACAACAUGUGCCUCGACCGGGGAGCAAUCAGGAAUAAGCUCAUGCCCUUCAAGAUGAUAAACAAUUUUCCUCAACAAAUAGUAAAUCGUUAAAUUGUGUAUUUGCUGAAUCAGCAGUAGACUCUUGAUUAUUGCAUAUUUUUUAAUUGCAUUUUUUAAAAGUAAAAGUACAAAUGAUAUUGAGUUAUAUGUAGCAGGGUUAAAAAAGAAAAUAAGGAUACAUUUUGACAUUUAUACUUUUUUUCCUUUUAUGGGUGUUAAUUUUUUUUUUCUGUUUGAUAGUUAAAAAAUUAGUAAAUAAUUACUUCUAUAUUUGAAAUGGAUUUUAUUAGUUUGCUAGUCAUUUGUUUUGAAAAAAUAACCCAGUGAUUUUCUAAUUCUCACAUAGUGAUAUUAAUAGAUAUUAUGAGAAAUAAAUAAACAAGACUGUAAACUUUUUUGUGCAUUUUAUUAUUUAUUUAUUUAUUAUUAUUUAUCUCUUAAAAUCAAAAAUAAUUGUAUUUAAUUGUGAUUGCAAUUCUUUGAUUGCAUUAAUUUACGUGAUGCAAGA